AUGAGGACUUGAUUUAGCCCAACUAGGUGUUUAUACUGUAUAGAAAUCGAACUCAAAGAAUCAUUUCUAUUUGACAGUGAACCUUCAUACACAAAACAGAGAACUCUACACAAUCGGAAUAUGAGAUACCGUCCGAAUAAAUUACGCUGAUCGAUUAGAGAUAAUACAUCCUGCACUAAAAAUACUUCUCUGAAUAUUCAUAAGCAGUCAUUUUUACUCAAAAGUGAGAGGAAUAAAUCAAUUUCUCAUAACCCAAACCAGUUGAAAAAACUAUCCGUCCCUCGUCUUAUAAGCGAUAAAUAAAAGUGUUGAGAAGCAAAGAGAUGUUGAAAUCAGAAACCUCUUCGAAGCCUUUGAUAGUGAUAGAUCCGGGACUCUCGAGCUUAAUGAAUUAACCGAUCUGCUUAAAGCGAAUGGCAUUCGGCUUAGCAAAACAGGGAUCAACCAGAUGUUCAGAGUUAUAGACAUUGAUGGUUCAGGAACCCUCACUCUUGAAGAAUUCAAAAAUUUCCUGAUCUGUCGUGAAAAGCAGCAGAAGUUUACUGAAAUUAUGAAAAAUGAGAAAUAAGCUUAGCGACCAUAAGAGAGAGAAUUCCGUUCGGAAGAACUACAAAUCACUUUCUGACUCUUCUCAGGCUCGAGAAAAGAGCAAAUUCUUACCCCUAACAGCUGAGUCUCUGAUGAGGUAUAUCAGAACUAUCUCAAACAGGAAGGAUCUUUACCAAAAUCUUAAUGACAACUUCAAACGAAAAUACGAGGAAUCGAAGACAAUAGAGAUUUUUAAAGAUAUUUUCCAAGAAUAUCCUACUAGUGCCAACAGAAGAGAGGCUGACCCAAUCCAGGAAAUUAUUGAAAAAUAAGGCUGUCAUUCAAGAUAUGCAGCAGGGGUUCCGGAAGAAAUCCCUCCAUUAUCUUAGCCAACGAAAGAGCAAAAGGUCCUCCAAAAGACGAAGACUAAUCAAAACGAACAAAUUAUUCACCCAGAGGACACAACUUGCGAAGCUGAAACUAGUAAAUCUCUCAACCACGAUCGAGUAAGUUCCUUCCAGAAUGAGACUACCUAGUGUGGCUACAAACACUAAGACCAGCCCCAAUAAGUCUAAAUAGUAAGCAAGCAGAGUGUGAUCAAUAUCUAUUAUUAUUCAAAUUA